ACAUGUUAUGUUGUUAACAAGUGUUGAGAAACUAGCACACAUACAGUUCAGUGUUUGAUUCUGUACCAAAUAAAAAGGAGCAGAAACAAAGUUCCAGGUUCAAGGAAUUUUCAACCCUAAAAAGAGGGAGAAAAGAAUUACAUACAUCAUCUAACUUGAAAAGUAAAAAAAGAACAUAUAAAAUGAAGUGCAAUGUAAUCUAUGCUGUGGGGUUUCAAAAAGGCUGAAAACAAAUCACUGUGGGUUAAAAUAUAAACAGGGAUGAUUUCUUCAAAGAAGAAACAAUGAUACCACCACUGCGCAUUGCCAAAUGCCCACUUUAUUAAAUUCUCUGAGCAUCCUUGGUUCCCGUUGUCUCCUCCUUCUACCCCAUUAAAUUCUACCUACCCCUUUCUUGCCCCUCCUUCCUCAUUCAGCUAGACCAAUAACAGAAACUCCCAGGAAACAAAUAGUUUCCCUUCUCAGCCCUGUAACCAGCUGGAUUCUUUCUCUGCAGGACCAACUUGCCAGAGGAACUGAAGAGAGUACCCCAGAUCUGAGAUGGAUUCUUUCUUUCUGCUGCUCCUCGGCCUGGGUUUGGUUCUUGCAGGAGCUCCAGAAAGCAUAAUGGAGAUAAUUAACGAAGAAUUUUCGGGGGAAGAGAUGUACUGUGAUGUGGCAAACAGGGACCAAGAAAGACGGACUAGUGAGGUAUUAAUGAACUUGACUCUGUUACGUAAAAAUACUAGUGCCAGUACGUCCAAGGAUAGUUUGUCUUCCUCAUUAUUGACAUUCAGAAGAUUACAUUAUAGCUUCCCCAGAGGAGACAGCCCAGGUAAUGACAAAGAGUAUUGCAAUGACGUGGUGGUCUGGAGAAAAGUUUCCGAAGCUAAUGGGUCUUGCAGGUUGAGCAAUAACUUCAUCCAUGGCUCCAUGGAAGUGAUGCACGGGGUCCCCAAGGCCUCCAGCUGCAAGUGUGGACAGAAUCUUGGCAUCAACUGCUCUAGGAGCCCACGUCUGGAGACCACUAUGUGCCAGCUUACUAUGGACAAACAGUUCGCCAGGUGCCAAUACCACAGCAAUACCUCAUUAAAGAAAAUAUUGGCAAUGCUGACAGGUCAUUCUCUGAUGAGCUGGUUAGUUAGUGGCUCCAAGUUGUAAAUCCCACAGGGCUUUGAGACCAGAGUCUCUCUAAAGAAAGACAUCCUUAUUCUCAUUAUUGUUUAUUUCCUUCUAUUAUCCGUAUCUACCAUUUCAGCAAUAUAGCAAACUCUUGGUUAUCUAUACUAACUGGAGGAAUGAAAAAUGCAAAAUUGUGAAUUCAAUUAAAAUUUAUAACUGAUCCUGGAGUACAGAUUCUUUCUCUCCCUCUCUCUCUGUCCCACUUCUCUGUCUCUGUCUCUGUCUCUGUCUCUCUCUCUCUCUCUCUCACACACACACACACACACACACACACACACACACACACACA